UGUGGAUCGCGGCGGCUUGUGGGCCCGGCUGCUGCAAGCAGGAGGACUCACCAAACUGCCUUGACGCUGCGCAACGGUUGGGGCUCGUCCCGCCUCAGUCUCGCGCGCGGCCUCGCGCCGCCUGCUAGGGGCAGCGCGCGCCCGGCUGCGCGGGGCGCUGCCGCGGGCAUGGAGCCGGGAGGUGGCCCCCGUGGCGGGGGUCCUGCCGCAGAAAUCAAAGGCAGAAGAGAAAAUCAAGUCUGGUAUUUGAAAAUAUCAAAACUGGCACUGGCUUUUGCAAUUAUCCACUCAAAACCACCAGGCAAGAGCUGCAAAGAGUAUACCCAGCAUCUUGCCAAAAUUGUAUCUGAAAAAGAUUUUGGAUGGAAGUCGAAAGUUGAAGCACUGGAAGCUGAAGUUCUUCGAUUACGUCAGGAACUUCUUUUGAACAAGAUCUGUCCAAGAUUCUGCUUGGAAAAUGGAAAACCAGGUGCCUCUGCUGAAGAUCUUCUGGUUCAGGAAUGCACAUACCCUAUGGGUUACUCAAGCCAGCUAGAAGACUCUGGGUGUGAUGUGUCUAGUGACUAUGCAUUCGAUUCUUUAGGCAUAGCUUCUGAUUUUCACCAAUGUGAGCGUAAUCUUGACACUUCUAAAUAUUGCUUGGAAAUAGUUCCCCCGUUGAAUCUUUGCUGUACGAACAAGGACAAACCUCUAACUGCUUCAGUACAGUUUUUGCAACAUCUACUUGAAAUAAGAAAACUGUCAGAAAUAGGAAUUCUGCAAACAGACUUCACAAAGCUUGAAAAUGAUUCUUUCACCAUAUGCAGUUCUGUGUCUCAGUUGCUUGAUGGUCUGACUGUUUUUUACAACAGUCCUAAAUUUCCAGUUUCAGAUAUUCUCACUGAAGCAGUUUGUGUUUUGGUCAGUUUAAUAGCUGAUACUAAAUUAUCUAAUCAUGUUCUGAAAAAGUGUUUCAAGAAGCUGGAAGAAUUCAAGAAAAAAUUAAUUCAAAUUAUUUUAAGAAACAGCAGUAUCAAUAGGUUUCAGGCACUGCAUGCUGUAUCCCACAUGCUUCUUUCGCUAGGAAGGAACAACGUACUAAGAAAUUCUUUAAUCUCUCUCCUACUAUCAGAAGUACAUCAGUUUGCUGAGCAGCUGUGGCAAGCUCACCAGAUCCAGGCCAUGUAUGACGUUACCCAGUAUGAGAAUAUUUUUUCUCUGUUUAUGAUCCUGGAACAACUUCUUCAAAAUGAGACAGAAGAAAGUAAUACUUCAAGCUCAGAGUAUGACAGGGAAGGAAAAAACAAAUUUCUGAAGAACCUUGAUCAAAUUAUUCUUCACCUUUCAGAUGAAUUCCCUUUGUUUUCUUUAUAUUUAUGGAGAUUAUCAGUGCAUUACCAGCUGAUACAGAGUAACACUUCAGAGUUUACUGUGGCACAGCAUUCAACCGAAGUUCAUGUGAUCAUAGGAGAAUUAGAUUGGAAGCGACAUCAAGAGGUCUCUAGUCAAGAGGACUCUACUCUCCCUGCUCAAAGCAGGGGCAGCUGUGGGGAUGCACACGUGAUGCAGGAAAUAACAGCAAAGCAGAGGCUUGAGUCCUAAGCUCCCAUAGAACUCUUACCAGAAGAGUUUACUCCAAAGAGUAGAGAAGACAGAAGCCGAAAGCAGACCAACAUACUUCAUAGAUGACCCUGGUGAACAAGGGGAACACGGACGUGAAGAGAAGCAAGGGAGCUACACGCCACUCAGCUUAGUUUUAAUACCUAGAAAAAUUCUGGAACAAAUAAUUCAGCAACCUAUUCAUACAUAUCUAGAAAAUUAUAAUGAGAUGAGUUGCCACCACCUCUCUUAUCAUGUAACUUGUUCUUGGCAAAUCCAAUUAAUUCUCUUUAUAGCAGGAUAAUGGCCUUUGUGUAUAAAAUGGUAGCUGUGAAUAUUUUAUACCUUGAUUCUUAGUAAGGCUUUUCACACUGUUUAACAUGAUAUUCAAAAGCCAGCUACAGAGAUGUAGUUUAGAUGAAACAACCCUAACCUGUAAGCAAAAUCACACUCAAGAAACACUUACCAGCAUUUUCCAGACAAAAUGGAAAGAUAUGUUUAUGCAGUUCUGCAGGGGUUUGUCUUCAUUCUAUUCUAGUCUAUAUUUUCAUUAACGGUCUGGGUGGGGGAAUAGAUAGAGAAAGAAAAGGAGAGAAUUACUACAAGUAUGCUGCAAGGCAGAAAAAGAAUUGAAAUCAAAAAAAUAAUCUUAAAAAAUCUGCAUGUUCAAUAGGAACAACUGCAAAGUGCUACACAUAGGCAGGAAUAAUCAAUUGCACUAAUAGGGAAUGGGGAAAAACUGAUUAAAGAGCAUUCUCCAGAGAAUAUCUAGGCAUUAAAAUGGAUUUUGAGCUGAGCAUGAGACUGUGAAAAGAGCAAAUAUCAUUCUGGGAUGUAUAAAUCUGCGAAUAUAACCAUCAUAUGAAGCAAUCCUUUGCUGCAGUACUCUGCUCUGGCUUUUGGCAGCAAUUUCAAGAAAUAUUUGGACCAACCAAGGUUUAAAGAAGAGCAAUAAGAACAACAAGAAAUUUAGGAAAUGUGUCUGUUAUGAAAAAACUGGAAGAAGUGAAGAUUGUUCAGUCUAAGGAAGGAAGGACUGCAGGACACACAGUAACAGUCUUCAAGUACAUAAAAGUCUGCUUCAAAAAAGAGAAUAAUAUGUUUUCUCUGUCCAAGGUGGCGAACAAGAAAUGACGAGUUAUGGAUGUAGUGAACUACUGGAACAGAUUUCCCGAAGGGCUGUAAGGUCUCCCUGAAUGAUGCUUCUGAACGGUCUGGAAAAGCAUCUCUCUGGAGUAACCAUAGGAACCCUGUCUUGGGGCAGGCAGACUUGCUUUUCAGUUUCCAUCCAUCCCUACUUCUCUAUGCUUAUCUGAACAAAAUCAAAGUAGAUGAGAUGAUAUAUUAUAUGCACACAUAAUUAGUUUUCUGUGUGUUUAUUAAUGGUGUUACUGCUGUAAAAUUUAACUAGUCAUUCAGUUUGACCCAUCUCCUCAUAAAGUUUAGACGUUAAUGCAAUAAAGGCAAGAAAACCCUCUUUUCCCAUUCUUUUAUUUUGUGGAUGAGGCUUUUCCAGAUGGUGUUUGUGAACAAGAAAAUCAAAUAUAUAUAUUGGCUACACUCACUGUUAUUUCUGAUCUGUUAUCUUCCUCCCUCUCUCUCUCUUUUAUUACUUCAGUAAAUGCAGAUAUUUUCUUAAGAACACCAUAGCAUCCAUUUGAAGGAUAAAAACAAACAUUUUCAAAUUCCAACAGAUGUGAAGAUAAAUCUUUGUAUGAUAGGACUCCCUUUUGUUAUCGGAGAGCAAAUUAUUACUCUGGCAUUUUUGUUUUGGUUCUGGAAGACAUGUUUGUGAAAAUUUCUAUGACAAAUUUUCUACUAAUCUACUUUAUUGGAAAGAGGAGUUUUAUUACACACAUUGACUACUUCAAAAGCAUUCUGGUUUUACUGGAGAUAUUUUCUGGUUCCAAUUAAUUAAAUCUAAAUUAAGUUCCAACCUAAUUUUCUAUCAUCGGUAAUGUCUCAAAUGAAGAGUGAAUAUGUAUUUAUUCUGUCCUUAUAUGUAAUUUGUUCAUAAUUUUCUCUCAAGUAAGUUUCAAUGGUCCCCAUUUCUGUAGAAUGCUGAAAUUAAUCUCUUUCAGCUCUAAAACUAUAUGCAUUUUUUCCUGUGGAGUUUGAGAAUGUACAAAAAGCGCUAGUCCUUAGGUGUCAGAUUUCUCAUGUCAUUUAGUCACAUAUUUAUGAUUUUUUUCUUAUGUCUAUUCUAAAAUGAGACAUAGCAUUUGGAAUAUUGCGGAUGGCAGCAACGUUUGAAUCAGUCAUGCAAACCUCUAGUUGUUUUCUCAUAGAAAGCACAGAAAUGAGACCCUUGCAAAUAUUCUUCCAUUUGUUAACAAGGACAUUGGCCUUUAAAAUGGGGAUAGGGAAUGGAAGGGCAUUCAAAAAUUGCUGAAAAAAUCAGCAAGAAACAAGAUGGUGUAAUUUUAGUAGGAUUCCUGGAACCUUCUGCAGAUACUUGAAAUCUGAACAUGCAGUUUACUCAUCUGAAAUCUUACUAGGUCUUCAGUCAGCUUCAGCUCUGCAUUAGCAAUCAGAGUCUGACUUUAUGUGAUGGGGAAAGAGCUGUUUUCCUUCCAUGUGCUAUGCCAGGGUUCAUGAUAGUCUUUGGGGCAGGCCUGAAUGGAGAAUUGCACUGGCUGUUUAGGGCCAUCUCAGCUCGCUGAAUGUUAAAUCGUGCAUUUCCAGGAAUAAUCCUCGUGACACUAUUCCAGAAGAAAAUGUAAAACUUAAGUAACUCUUACUAUAAAGUAUUUCCAAUCCUUUUACAUUAAAUGACAUACUGG